AAGACAUAGGAAGUGAUAGCAUCUCUCUGCUCAGCGCUCGUUAGGCCGCACUAGACUCCUGUGUGCGGUUUCGGGUUUCACAUUUGAUGAAGGACGUGCAGAAGUCGGAGAGGGUCUAGGGGGAGGCGACAGCCAUAAUAAAGGAGCUGGGAUGUGAGAGGACCGGACUGACACAGCAACAACAGCACACGCUCCUCCCACCCUGCCUGCCUGUGCCCGUAGGGUGGAGAGGCAUAACCCAGUAUCAGGGCAGGCCAGACUUCAGAGUCUCUGCCAGCAACCGGCCCCAGAGGCCCACCCUGGGACUUCUGAGCUCCCUGGCAUGACCGGGGGUCUCCCUGUGCCUCUUGAAUGGGGUUGAUGAGACCCUUUACCUAGAAGCCCAGGCACCUCAGCUGGAAGCUAUGUGAGCACAAGCAGACAUUUUUCUGGGGAUGUGCCAGGACAUGGAGACCGGGAACGUGACAGAGCCCUGGUACCGGAGCCUGCAUGCGGUGCUGAAAGCCCUGAAUCAAACGCUGCACGGAGCCCUCCUGUGCUCAGCGGAGCAGACCCCGGAGAGGAAGAACAGCAGCCGGGCCCAGCUGGCCCACAAGGAUGACAACUCCUACAUGUACAUCUUGUUCGUCAUGAUCCUCUUUGCCGCGACGGUGGGGAGCCUGAUCCUGGGCUACACCCGGUCCCGGAAGGUGGACAAGCGGAGCGACCCCUACCACGUGUAUAUCAAGAACAGGGUAUCCAUGAUCUAGGCACAGAAGGGCUGGUACAAGGUUGUGCCAUGCCACUGCCACCUGCCCCCUUUUCUUGCUUUCCGGCAUCGACACAGCUGUGGUUGCAAGGAGGGUCCAGACACACACACAAUAUCGGGGAGCCCAGGGAGAGCCAGGGCCUAUGGUCACCCGAAUAGCCAUGUUUAGGCUGGUGAAUCUAGUCAUAAGUGUGUACCCCAGAAACGUGCGCAGCCCUGCAGCCCUUGCAAAGUACUGUGGGAGACCUGUGGGACCUGAGCUCUCAGCUACUGCAGAGGUGGAUGCCUUAUAAUAACCCAGUUAAAUGGGUUCAGAAAUGAAGAGCAUGGGGCUCACAACCAGACACUGGCAGGGGCGUCUGGCUGGGGAGGAAGCCAAGUACCUGCCUCUUUGGGGCUCAGCCCAAGAGCCCUGAGGCUGGCUGGUUUCCCUUGCAGGUUGGUGGAUAAUGCAGAAGCCCCUGGCAGGGGAUCUGCAUGGGCAGAAAUGUCUCACUGUGAUGGAGGAAAACGUGGGUGUAUGAGAGCGGGGACACAUUCACUGCCUGGUUGGCUAUCACACGCCAGCCCUCUGACAGCUGCUUGAUGCUGAGUUGGGUCCCGUUCCAAGUGGACACAUCCCCAGGGGAUUUGGUAUCAACUCUCCCCUGGGUGGCUGGGAGGUUGGUACAUGAUCGGUCCCCAGCGCCUGACUGAUCCUCUCCCCCCGGGGGUCCCUCGGGCUGAGGGCUAGAGCACAUUAGUGGCUCAGUGUCGAGAAGCUUGCAUCACCUCUGGCCAUGAACCCUGUUGUGGGGAUAGUGGGGCACGACAUCCCCCAUUGCCUCUCAGCCUGGGAUCUUUCCCCAGCCUUGUGGCCCAGUCUGUGUGCAGUUAUUUGCAGGGGGGUCACUGUUAGGGGACUGAUUCUCAAGUAUCCCUACCUGUGUGUGUGUAUGGAGACUUGGACCAGUACAGCAUCCUCUGUGGGAUAGCCGGACCAUGGGCAGAAGCACCUUUGUACCAGCAGAGCCUUUUCCAUACUCAGGUUGUCUCCUGUGGGCUGGGGCAGAUAUGACGGUACCAUUAAUAUACACAGCAAAGGACAUUUCGAGCUUCAAAAGGAGAAACCCCCCUGUGACAGGCUCAGGCAACCUGAUGCCCUGUAGCGGUCAGACCUGCCUGCCAAUGCUCCCUAGCCUCCCUUGACCUCUUGUCUCUCGCCUGCCAUGACUUGAUCUUAAGGUCUUUUAAGUGGAGCGCUGCCUCCAGAAGCUGGGGUAGCCUCUUGGGUGCCUUUCCUUUAAAUAGAGUCCUUAAGGCUCCUUUGCCCCAAGCUCUAUGGGGUGGGUUUCCCCUUUAAGACAACCCCAGUUAUGCCUUAGGGGCAAUAAUCAUGAACUCCAGCUGCCUCUUAUAGUCGCACCCAUGCCUUACAGAUGUCAGUCAGCGUUUGGGGGUGGGGGGCCCUGGCCCUGACUCUGCACUUGGCCCCUCAAACGUCUAACUUUUGUUGGGGCUUCUGCCUUCCUGGCUUCUCUAGCUGGUCCCCCUAGUCCAAGGUCCAGUGUCCCAGACCUCAGCUUCUGGGUCCCCGCCCUGUCUCUCCCUCUUGGCUUUGGGCCCCUGGACUCGUGUGACAGUCCUUAGGGUCCCUAACACUCGCUGGGCAGCUUGCACGCUGCUCUUCCCCUGGGGUCUGUGGCCCUCUCUGGAUGACUGUACUGGGUGCUUCUCAGGCACCUCUGUGGCCUCUUUUUUACCCCUAUUAGCAUCCGAUCCUCUGGUCUGGAACUAAGUAUAAUAAACAUAAGCAAACUGCUUCCACAAAACUUCUCCCCCACUCUGGGUCAAUGCCCCGUUGCAAGAUAUGCUUCCCUCUCAGCUGUCUCAGUCUAACUCUUGCUCUCGUGGGUAGCUUGAGUGUCCACGGGCCUGUUUCCUGCAGCCAGCUUUCCUGGGGAGUGCUUCUCCCUGCAGCAUCCAAGGCUAGACAGGGGCUCAUGGGCCUUUCUGGUGCUUAAAAUGGGUGUAUUUAUAGACUUUCCAAGGGGGUCCCUCCCCCCACCAUUUUUCAAAUGGAAUUAAAUCAAGUACCACAUGCAUGGGUUGUCGCAGGACAGUGCGUCCAAAUGGCAUCAUAUAAUUGUUGGAAAUGUA